AUGUGUACAACAAAAUGGUACAAACAAUUACAACUGGAAUUUAAUGUUUUUAGUGUAAAAAAUUUUACUAAAGUUAUCUUUAUGAUGGAUUAUUUAUAUACAAAUAUCACUAAUAAUGGAUCCUACAAAUGUAUCUUUUUCCAUUUUGGUACAAAUAAGACAAUUAAUCCUCAAUUAUUAACACGAAUUGGUGGAAAAGAUAUAUCCGAUCCUCAUAAACAUACAUUAUGUCUUCAAUGUGACAUACCAAACGAAGCAAUUCAUCCAAAUGCAACAACAAUCGAUUUUAUGCUUAUUUCAGGCAAUGAUUUGAUCAAUGGUGUGAUUAUCACAAUUUGUCGUUUCUAUAAUUCAUCAUUUAAUUUUUUAAAUAGUAGAAUUUAUUUAGAAAAUACAACUCGACAGUUAGAAUUAAUAAAUAAAUCUCGAAAUAGAAAUUCAACUCUGAUUGCUUCAUGUACACAAACAUCUCAUCAUGAUUUAUAUUUUCCUUUAUGGAUAAAUUAUUAUUAUAAAAUGGGUAUUGAUCAUUUUUAUAUUUAUGAUCAUGCACCUUCAAAUUUAACUCGUUUACAUCAUAGUCUCAAAUCUUAUAUUGAUUUAAAUAUAAUAACAAUAAUUCCUUGGUAUAUUGAUCAAUGGAAUGGAUUUAAAUAUCGUAGUUCACCGUCCGAAUGGGUAGCCCAUCAAAUUUGGUCACAAAAUGAUUGUAUACAUAGAUAUGGAUAUUUGUAUUCUUGGAUUCUUAUAUCAGAUGUUGAUGAAAUAGUUGUUCCAAUGGGAAAUUUGACUAAUUUUAAACAAAUGCUUGAUAUUGUUCCAUCAAAUUAUUGUGCAUUACAAGUUCUUAGUUAUAAUUUUAAAGGUUUACACAAUAAUAUAACAAUUUCAGAAGAAGAUCGACCGAAGAAAUUUAUUCAUCGUGAUCAAAAAUCUAAAAAUCGAAAUAGUCAUUCAAAAAAUUUUGUUCGUCCUGAAUUAAUUUAUUAUUUUUCUGUUCAUGAAGUUACAAAAUCGGUUAAUGACGUACCUGUGUUUUAUGCUGAUGUUCAUACACAUGGUCGUAUUCAACAUUACAGAGGUGAUUUUAUUCCAACAGAACAAUUAGCAAAUUUUACUAUUGACACUCAUAUUUUAUCUUUUAUUAAUCAAAUAAAUAAUUCUUUAUCAUCAAUUUUCUAA